ACUUCGGAGCCAAUGAGAAGGCAGAUAGAUGACGCUCGUCCAAUCAGCAGUCCCUACGGCCACCUCUGUCGAAGGACCUCCUUACUCCGUAGUUUCAUCUAUUUUGGCGGUUGUGUGGAAAACAUGGCGGAAAAUUUGAAAGAUUGCAGCGUGCCCUGUAAGAUGACCUGGGAUGAGCUCGAGGCCCUGUGUCGCACAGAGAAGCUCCACUGUAAGCAGCUGGGAGUGAGCAGAGCCAAUGUCAAUGAGUAUGAGGUGGAAUUCCUCUGUGACUACAAGAAAACAAAGGAGGACGAGCUCUACUUGGUGAAGUGGAAGGGCUUCCCGGAAUCUGAUAAUUCCUGGGAACCCAAGAGAAACCUCAAAUGUUCAAAACUGAUUAAACUGUUCCACAUGGAUCUGGAUAAGGAGCUAAAGCGCCACAAGAGACGCUGCAUUCCCAAAAAGCUAGAUAAGGAGGUUACCACCUUCCUGGUCCAGAAAGCUAAGUUACGUCAGAGUCUGCAGCGCUGGGAGGACCACUUGAAUUACACUCGCAACCACCCCGGUCGCAUUUUUGUCACCAAUGAAGUGGACCUGGAGGGUCCUCCAAAGAACUUCACCUACAUUAACAACUACAAAGUUGGUCCCGGCAUCGUGUUGAAUGAGAUGGCUGUGGGCUGCGAAUGUAAGAACUGUUUGGAGGAGCCGGUGAACGGCUGCUGCCCCGGCGCCUCCCUGCACCGCAUGGCCUACAACGACCGGGGCCAGGUCCGGGUCCGGCCAGGAGAGCCCAUAUACGAGUGCAACUCCCGAUGCAACUGUGGGCCCGGUUGUCCCAACAGAGUGGUGCAGAAUGGCAUCCAGUUCGACUUGUGCAUCUUUAAGACGGAGAAUGGCCGAGGCUGGGGGGUCCGCACGCUGCAGCACAUCAAGAAGAACCAGUUCGUCAUGGAGUAUGUGGGAGAGAUCAUCACGACAGAUGAAGCGGAGAGGAGGGGCCACUUCUACGACUGCCAGGGCUCCACGUACCUGUUCGACCUCGAUUAUGUGGAAGACGUUUACACGGUGGACGCAGCUCACCUCGGAAACAUUUCCCACUUUGUUAACCACAGCUGUAACCCCAACCUGCAGGUCUUUAACGUGUUCAUCGACAACAUCGAUGAGAGGCUUCCAAGAAUCGCCUUGUUCUCAACACGGGCCAUUCGGGCAGGAGAGGAGCUCACCUUUGACUACAAGAUGCAAAUUGAUCCAGUAGACACAGAAAGCACCAAAAUGGACUCCAGUUUCAUUCUAGCGGGACUCCCAACGUCCCCGAAGAAGAGGAUCCGAGUGGAGUGUCGAUGUGGAUCGGAAUCCUGUCGGAAGUAUCUGUUCUGACCUGGGAAUACCGGGAACAUUGUGAAAACUACAGAUUUUUAUUUUUAUAUAUAGAAUUAUAUCCUUUUAAUUGUGAAGCCAGAAUCAACUUUUUAUUCGUGGCAGAUUUUUUCAAGACUUUAAAUCUGUGAUUUUUUUUUUAAGAAGAAAAAGGAAAAUUUUAAGUCCUUCCUUCCAGGUGUUGCAUCAGUGUCCAGGACUGCUCUAAAACCUGUUGUGCUACGUACCAUGUUAACAACCGCGGGGCUCAGUCGCAUCACUGAACCGACUCCUGAUGAGUUAAAAACACCAGCAGGAAGACGAGCUGACUACAAACCCCCCUUCAGUAAAACUUGACUUUGUUCCAAGCAGCCGAGUAGAAGCUGGAAAACGCCCUACAGGCCACGCUGACUCGUGCUGCCUUGUUCCAGCCUCCACGUCCCUGCUGCAGUUCAUAUCUGGACACAUGCAGCUUUCCUUGAAAGAGAUUUUUAGUUAAAUUAGUCAUUUCUGACUUAUUGAGUUAAUUUUACCAGCAGCUUGUUUCAGGUUUUAUGACGUUUUCACACAGUGGUUGCAAAGAGGAGAGAAAGACGUCUUUAAUCCGCCUUGGCUCCUCUUUGGUAAUUCCCGACCAGACGGAGGAAACUCGGGAUGCUGAGCUAGUGUCUGUAGGUCGGCAUGGCAACCUGUUGGGUCCGAGUGAGCUACCAAAGAGGAACAGCAGCGACUUGAUGAGUGUUAAUGACAUUGACAGGGUGCAGACAGUUUGUUGCUGCCAACCCUGAUCCUGUCUGAGUUUCCACUCGGGAUCCAGAACAACGCCUGAUCCUGUCUGAGUUUCCACUCGGGAUCCAGAACAACGCCUGAUCCUGUCUGAGUUUCCACUCGGGAUCCAGAACAACGCCUGAUCCUGUCUGAGUUUCCACUCGGGAUCCAGAACAACGCCUGAUCCUGUCUGAGUUUCCACUCGGGAUCCAAAACAACGGCUGAUCCUGUCUGAGUUUCCACUCGGGAUCCAGAACAACGCCUGAUCCUGUCUGAGUUUCCACUCGGGAUCCAGAACAACGCCCGAUCCUGUCUGAGUUUCCACUCGGGAUCCAAAACAACGGCCGAUCCUGUCUGAGUUUCCACUCGGGAUCCAGAACAACGCCCGAUCCUGUCUGAGUUUCCACUCGGGAUCCAGAACAACGUCUGAUCCUGUCUGAGUUUCCACUCGGGAUCCAGAACAACGCCCGAUCCUGUCUGAGUUUCCACUCGGGAUCCAAAACAACGGCCGAUCCUGUCUGAGUUUCCACUCGGGAUCCAGAACAACGCCCGAUCCUGUCUGAGUUUCCACUCGGGAUCCAGAACAACGUCUGAUCCUGUCUGAGUUUCCACUCGGGAUCCAGAACAACGUCUGAUCCUGUCUGAGUUUCCACUCGGGAUCCAGAACAACGUCUGAUCCUGUCUGAGUUUCCACUCGGGAUCCAGAACAACGCCUGAUCCUGUCUGAGUUUCCACUUGGGAUCCAGAACAACGUCUGAUCCUGUCUGAGUUUCCACUCGGGAUCCAGAACAACGCCUGAUCCUGCUGGAACACCAGUCACAUUCUUCUCCGUCCACUCUGAUUCUUUUCUACACAUUUCGUAGUUUUAAUUGAACAAAUUUGACACAUUUGGAUGAAAGAAAGAAGCAAACUUUCCGUCUUUGCUUGAAGAAGUCGGUUCUUUCUCGGCCCAUAUUCAGGAACCCACCCGACCAGCACCUCCUCAGUCUGCUGGAACAGCAGCUCAGACCUGAGCUGAGUCUAUGAAAUGAACUCGAGCCCGUAACCCUGGAAACGGCUGCUUUUUGUGUGCAUGCUCCACACUACCAGCAGCAGAGGUGAGAAGGUCAGAACUUCAACACAGAUCAAUAAUCUUAAUGUUGGCUGUCACAGCAGAAACUCGUGUAUGCAGCAGCAGUCUACUCCCACCAAAGAAGAGGUCUCCAUGAACAUGAACAGAGUCCUGCAGCAGCACAGUGUAAAUACAAGCUUUUCUCCUCUCAACGUGCCGUCAGCCUCGUGAUUCUGUACAGUUUUAGUCGUCAAAUAGCUGCUUGAUGUUUGCAUGGAAACAAUUUACUUAAAACUUUUUAAUAGUACUUUUUUACUGUGACUUGAUGAUAGUUUGUAAAAAAUGAGAAUGUAAAUAAAUGUUUCUAAAGUGAA